AUGCUAGCGAAUUCCACUGUAAAAAAGAGAGUCCUGGCCGGUAUCAGUCUUACGGCAUUCUGUGCAAACCUCAACGACAGUUCUCAGCCAAGGCUGGAUUAUCAGACACCACAUCCCGAAGAAACGGAUCUCUUUUUCGCUAGCAUAGACUCUUUCUCUGAUAUAAAGUGUCGACGAUUUAGAUGGGCAUUCCUGCCUCAAGAGGCGUCGCCGGUGGCCGCGCAGGAAGCCGCCUAUCCGUUGGCCUUCACCAUCGUCGCUCACAGAAAUGCCCGCCAGUUGGCACGUCUGCUCCGCAUGAUUCAUCGUCCCGCCAACUUCUACUGCAUUCACAUUGACCGUCGCAGCUCACCGGCUUUUAGUAAAGCGGUAGAGGGAAUUGCAACAUGCUUCGGACCUAAUGUGCACGUAGUGCCACCGGAGUCCCGGGUGGCGGUAACGUGGGGCGAUGUCAGUGUGCUCAAACCACAGCUUGUGUGCGCAGAAAUGGCCCUUAAGCAGCCGGGUUGGCGAUAUCUGCUGAAUCUGGUAGGAGAGGAGGUGCCGCUUCGAACGAAUCUAGAACUGAUCGCAGCAAUGCAAGCACUGAACGGAUCUAACCUGAUCGAAGCUGAAAGGUUAGGAAGGUUCUUCGGUCGAAUUAAAGAUGUUCCAUUACCGAACCAGGUUAGUAAGGUAUUCAAUUAUGUACUGCCUUCUUGA